UCCUGUAGGCAGAGGGAUGAGCGCAGACAAAGCUGGGUGGGGACUCGCCGCUCCGGGCUGCUGCUGACCGCCCCUCUGCCUCCAGCCCGCAUCCCUUCUCCAUCCAUCCCUCCAUCCAUCCCUCCAUCCGUCCGUCCGUCCGACCGCCGCCGCCCCGCGGGGAGAGCAGGGGCAGCACCGCCCGCAGGUGUCGAACGCCGAAGUGGAGCAGCUGUUGCCCUAAGGACAGCCAGCACCAGUGAGACCCAGCUUUGGGAUUCCAGGCUCUGUGUUGAGCCCCCAUCCCCAUUCCUGCCUGCUGCCCGACCGGGGUGUGCCCGGCGUGCCGAUGGCCAGCAACAACACCGCGAGCAUAGCGCAGGCACGCAAGCUGGUGGAGCAGCUGAAGAUGGAGGCCAACAUCGACAGGAUAAAGGUGUCCAAGGCAGCGGCAGAUCUGAUGGCAUACUGCGAAGCUCACGCCAAGGAGGACCCCCUAUUGACCCCCGUCCCGGCUUCAGAAAACCCCUUUAGAGAGAAGAAGUUCUUCUGUGUGAUCCUGUAAAGCCUCAAGGAGCCUGACGGGCACUCAGGCCACCCUGAACACUGAUGUAGAGUUUUUAGGAACGGGGACGACCUGCUAGUCCACAGAAUUUAAACAAAAAUAAGUAAAAUACAAGGCCUGGAAGCUACAGAGAUGUGCAUGUUUAAAGAAUCUGGCCGCCUUUGGGGGAUAUAAGAUGAUCCGCAUUGCGAGGCAAAAGAUCUGAAGUCUGUAGAGUUGCCUAGAAAGAAAAAAAAAAAAAAAAAAAAGGAAAAAAAAAAAGAAAAAAACAAAAAGAAUAUUCAUGUAAAGAAUAAAUUCGUGUCACUUUUCAGCUCACAAAAUCGUUUGAUUGUUCCGUAUUUAAAGCACCAGAGCGGUGCUGAGCAAAAGUAACCGCUAAGGAUGUGCAUAACCUUCUUGGAAUGAUGUUGUUGGUUCCUUUCCAAGUACAGUUUUUUAUUUAAGCUGCCGGAUCUAUAGCUAGAUGGCUGUGAUGUUACUCAGUGUUCGGUCUCGUGCUUUCCCAUUCCCCGCUUCCCGUCUUGUGCCUGGUGGCUUCGCCCCGCGGUGAAUGGUGUUGUGCUCGCUGCUUCGCGCUCUGUGACGGCUUUUGGUUGUAGUGCAUGGAUGGGGUUUGGUCUCUGCUCGCCCGCUGUGGGUUUUCUGUUCUGUCUGACAGCACAGGCCGGCGGGAGAUGCUGCGGGAUGUGAUGUUGGAGGUGAUGCCAGUGGCAAAGCCGACCCCUGCAGCACCUCCCGACACGGCUGCAGACCCCAAAAACAGUGCUGGCCUCUUUUUCCUAGGUCCGUUCCUUUGUCCCACACAUUUGUGCCUCUUCCCUGCUCCCUGCCCGGCUCUUCCUGCCCGUCCUCAUGCCCACUCCCCCCCAGUGACGGGAGAGUGCCAGCAUGAUGAUGCCCAGAGCACCCCGCUCCUGCAGUGCCUGAUGCUGUGUUUACACACAGCCCUGUGCCAGGGUGAUGGCUCAUUCCCACGUCCAACAUCACCCAAAAUCAGAGUUUUGCGGGAAACAUGCCCCCUUUUGGGGCCGUCAGAUGCUCGUGAGGACAUGGCUUGCCAGGAGCCCCCAGGACACUCCAAUGCUCCACACCCAGCAGUAGCACCGGGAUCCCAUAAGGUACUCUGGGCUCUGCGUUAACCCCAUAAAAUCAUAGACUCAUUAAGGUUGGAAAAGACCUCUAAGAUCAUGAAGCCCAACCGCCAACCCGCCACCACCAUGCCCACUAAGCCACGUCCCCAUCAGCCCCAAACCACAGCUACCCAAGAGGGCAAUAGUCUUUAGGUACCUUUCUGAGAAUCUUUCUAGCCCGUUUCAAGUGCAUUUUGGGUUUUCUACCUUUUCAUACUCUUUUUCUAGCUCUGGUUGGCAGUGGGAUGGCGCGCCCGGGGCCGGCCCCGCUCGUGGUGUUCCCGGGCCGUGUAAAUACCCCCAACCCUUUGUCUUGGUCGUUGUGAUGCCAAAUUUCCGCUGAGCGCUGCCAUGGUUUGUAAGAAGUUUUUUAAUGACUCAUAUCUUUUACAACAGGAAUUCUUAAUACAUCAACAAAGAGUAAUGCGGCCGUGUUCGCACUGCUCGUUUCCCCAUGCAAAAGCCCUCAGCUGCCUCCAUCCCAGGCAUGGAAGGGAAAAUCCAUGGAGCAUCGGUGUGGGAUUUGCCCUUCGCCCAUUGGUGUGGGCUGUGGGGGAAGGCAGUGCGGGGAGGUCGGCGUCGCGGUGUUGCGCAUCCCCGUCCCGCGUGGUCUGUGUAAUCGUUGGAAAUAAAG